UUCUUCUCCCGGGCAAUUCUUCUUUCCCUCCCAUAAGCUGUAUUGUAAUAGUUAAAUUACACGUGCUAUGUAAAAUGCAUUGACAUGUAGGCCUACAAUGAGACAAUGGAGGAAAAAAUGAAAGAGUAAGUAGAUACGAAAAGAUCAAUUUUGUUCAUCAUUUAGCUUAGUCUUCGGAAUAAAAUAUAGCCUAUACAUAUUAGUCUUCUGAAAGGUAGGCAUAUGUUCAUGCCUGAAAUGAGUUUUUCCACGAUAUUGUUAUUAGCCUAUAUUGUUGUUAUUAUAUUGAGACGUGUCAGUGCGGUAUAUCUGUAUAGUUUUUAUUUACACUAGGCUACUUGUUUUGACGUCCCACAUAGUACUCCAGUUCGUUUGGUGGCAGCACCUACUUGGGUUUCCUCAGUCUCGCAGAAGGGUGCGCACGAAGAAGCCAUUUCAUAACCAUGCAUUUAGAUUCAUCCUUACAAAAUUCUGUAAGCGCACAAGUUCCAAUAGACGCUAUCUGGGAGCGGGAUAUGAAUGAUGAGGAUUGCCGUCCUUGGAGCCAGUGGGAGAACAGGGCAGUAUUUGGUGAAGCAGGCCAUUGACAAAGGCUACGGCGUCACGGCAGUUGUGCGCGACCCAGGGAAGGUGGGAGUUUCACAUGACAGACUGAAGGUAGUGAAGGGGGAUGUGUUCUCGGAGGCCAGCCUGAGGCCUCUUCUGCAGGGCCAUGAUGCGGUGCUGUCCUGCCUUGGCUUCCCCAUCUCCCCCGUCUUCGGGGUGACGGGGUACACAGGGUCCAUGAGGGCGGUCGUCCGGGCGAUGCAGGGGGCUGGAGUGAACCGCCUCAUCACCAUGACCUCAUGGUACACCGAUCCGACGUCUCUGACUGGCGUGGCGGUCCUCUUCAGGCUUUUCCUGCUGACGACCAUACAGAGUGUACUCAGUAACAUGCAUGAGAUGGAGCACACCUUAAAGAAGAUCCACAACAUCGACUGGACAGUGGUGCGCCCACCCGGGCUACGUGAUGAGCCAGCCACAGCAAAGGAGUUCUUGACCAAUGAGGGCUACUGGGUUCCAGACCCCAGUGGGAUUCCUAUUGGACGCCAUGCUGUCGCCAGGGGCGACGUGGCCCGCUUCAUGCUGGAUGUGUUGGACAGGAACUCCUGGAUACAGAAAAGCAUUGCCAUGACAACCAAGUAGCAUCAUUAUUGAUAGUGUGCACUUGUAUGAGAAAAUGCAAAUAAAUUAUCUAUAAACAAAAGGCACAAGUAAACCCUGACAAACACACUUAACAGCAAUGGUGGAGAUGGCGUCCGCGCCAAGGUCUUUUUCUGAGCGUUUUGAUCGGUGUGUUAUUCUAAGAACAGUGAGUCG